GUGUCUGUGUGCUGACUGCCGUGUUUGCGGGUACCCUGUUCCCUCUGUGGCCACAGUUUAUGCGAGACGGCGUGUACUACCUGUCCAUGGCUGCUAUUGGUCUCAUUCUGAUCUUCUUCGCUACUUGCAUUCUGCGCUUGAUCACGUUUGGUAUUGUCUGGACCUGCACGGGCGGUAAUACGUACUUCUGGCUGUAUCCCAAUCUGCUGCGAGAGGAUGAUGACUUCUGGGGAUCGUUCGUGCCCGUGACGUCGUGGGAGUACAAACAAGAAGGUGUCACAGCUCAAAAGAAAUCGAAUUGA